GAGGCCGGAGGGUUCUUCCCUUCCUCCCGGCGCUGGCUGCCGUCGGGUCCCGCCGCGCUGCUCUUCGUCUUCGUGGCUUCUGUGUACCUGCAAACACUGCACCGUGCGGUGCCGGGCGGCGACUCCGCCGAUGUGUACAGACCACGUGAGAUCCUCGGUGAUGUUUAUGCCGAGGAACUUAAAGCUGUUCACCCUCUCAACCCCAAAUCCAUUGAUGUCAACAGGGGUGAGCCUGUCUCCGUUCCUCCUGUAGUCCGCAACCAGCUCCUUUGUUUUGUACUUGGAACUUUGAAUCUUGCCCUUUAUUGUAAAGGCAAUGGGGUGUAAGGUGAGUUGUUGACGGCUGCCUGUGAACUGGGGGUGAGUGGCUGCCUGUGAACUGGGGGUAGCACAUCCUCCUGGGUAUCCAUUGUUCACUCUUCUGGCAAGGCUAGCUAUGACCAUUCUCCCAAUGGGCUCUCCUGCUUUCAGAGUUAAUGUAUUGAAUGCAAUGCUGGGGGCAGCUACAGCACCUCUGCUCUUUGAGGCAGUUAGCAGACUGACAGGAUCCAAUGCCGGAGGGAUUCUCUCUGCGGGUCUCUUUGCCUUUUCCAGACUGGGGUGGCAGUGGUCCGUUACAGCUGAGGUUUUCUCCUUGAACAAUUUCUUCAUCAGCCUCCUCAUGGUGUUAACUGUCAGAUUCAGCACAGCAACAACUGCAAGGGAAAGGUCAAAGAUUUCUCUACAGGGUGCAUUCUGCUGUGGCCUGAGUCUCUGUAAUCAGCACACAAUUAUUCUCUACGUGAUGUAUAUUGUUCCAUGGGUGUUGCUUCGAUUAUUCAGAGAAAAGGAGUUGUCCGUGUGUGGUGUCCAGUGGUUGGGCAUGAGUUUUGGAGCAGGCCUGCUGCCUUAUCUGUAUCUGCCCAUCUCCUCUUAUCUCAAUCAAGCACGCUGGAGCUGGGGAGACCAAACCACCCUGAGAGGCUUCAGCACCCACCUGCUGCGAGAGGAGUAUGGCACCUUCAGUCUGGCCAAAAAUGAAGUGAGUUCAGGACUUCUGCAUGUCUGGAGUUACCAGAUGAUGCAAAUAAAGAGUGAGCUGACAGCAUUCGGGGCGGCCUUGGCACUCGUGGCCAUUCCGCUACAAGGCCUAAAAAGGAGCUCUCCUCAAUCCUCGGUCUUGUGGCUUUUCACUGUGAUGCUGUGCUCCUACUCCUUGUUUUUCUCCUGGAGAGCUAACCUGGACAUCACCAAACCUCUCUUUAUCGGUGUGGUUGAAAGGUUCUGGCUGCAGAGUAAUUUGGUGGUUUGUGUUCUGGCAGGCUGUGGUCUAGCUUCAGUCUGCUCUUUGCUGCAGAGAAUAUUGGGCAGUCACUCACUGUGGCACUGGGCAGAAUGGCUUCCACCCAUUCUCCUCAUUGUCUUCCAAAUCCACCUCAACUACAGGAUCUGUGACAAGAGUAACAACGAUGUUGUCGAUAAAUUUGGCAGAAAUAUUUUGGGCAGCAUGCCUCCUGAUGCCAUCAUCCUGCUCCGUGGAGACCUCCCAGGAAACUCCUUGCGAUACCUUCACUACUGCGAGGGGCAGAGACCUGACCUCAGCAUGGUGGAUCAGGAGAUGAUGACGUACGACUGGUAUUUGCCAAAGUUGGCCAAACACCUACCCAAUGUGCAUUUCCCUGGCAAUCGCUGGCACCCUGUGGACAGGGAGGAAUCUGCUGGAAUUGUAACAUUCAACCUGCAUCGAUUAUUCAAUGAGAACAGAGAGAAGGAGAUCUUUGUGUGCAUUGGUCUGCACGAAGGAGACUCCAGCUGGAAGCAGAGUUACUCCCUCUGGCCAUGGGGAGUGUGUGAAAAACUGGUCCACUCAACCAGUCUGUUCAGCCCUGAGAGCUGGAUCCAGCAUACCAGGCACUUGUACAACUGGACAGAGGAGUAUGGCAGCUAUGACGAAUUUUCAUGGGAAGCCGUGGCAAAUGAAGAGAUGUGGCAAGCCAGGUAAUCUUUUCAUCUCUCAAGCACUUACCGAAUGGUGUAAUUGUAUCUCCCCUGCACCAUCCUCUACCUUUCUCAGUGCCUCCCACCCUUUUAUUUCUGUUCUGAAUUAUCUCGGAAAAUUCUUUGCAAUCAGAAUUUGUGGCUGAACGAGUGCAAUGCAAGGCCACCUUAAACCAUUCAAUUUUAGAACUGAACUAACUUAUUAUGAAUUCACGGAUAGAAAUACAGUAUAUUUACAGUAUACUAUUAUCAACUAGCAGGUACUCCGACAAGAGGUAAACUGUGUAGAGAUAUUAGAUAUCUACUUGAUUUUGAAGGAGGCCCAAAGCAGUGGAGCAAUACAAAUCUAUGCUGGGGUGCUAACGUUUUAUUUGGGAUCAAUAAAGCUGGUUGUGUGUAUUGUUUACGAGUGAAAUUCAUCUUGGGCUUUGACAGAGUUAACACACCUGUCUUACUUGAGUUGGAGAAAGCCAGCAUAGCCAGAAUAGAAAUUAUUCUGUAUAAUUCUUGUCUGUACACGUACCACAUUUAAGGAGGCGAUUGGAAAGUUAGUUUUCAGAGCUGAAGGGCUAGAAUAUAAAGUGAAGUGUUGCUAUAGGUUUUGCUCAGUUCUGUAGUAUCAUGUACACUUUAGGUCUAUGUACCUUUGAAUAAUGGCCUUGGGAAGAGAGCAAUACCGGUUGGACAUUUUGACAGACCUCUUAUUAAAGAUGUUACAUAACUGAGCCACUGCUUCAAGGACAUGACAAUACUAGUAGGAGACUUUUUUUGCAAAGGUUGGUUAAUAUGAAACUAUCUCCCCCCAAAAAACAACUUCUGUAAUUAACAGAUUGCUUUUAAGAUCACAAUUGAAGGCAGAACAUUGAAUGUGUUGUAUACGGACUUUAGCAAGACACUGGACAAAGUUCACAAGUUAGGCUCAGUCAGAAAGUCGGGAGGCAUGGGAUCCAGGGAUCGUGGUGUGCCCACAGAAGGCAGCGGGGUGGUCAUAGAGUCAUAGAGAAGGCCAGCACAGAAGCGGGUCCUUGCCAACCCAUUUAAACUGCCAACUCCCAUCGACCUGCACUGGGAUCAUAGCCCUCCAUAUCUGUGCCUCUCCAAACCUCUCUUAAAUUGUGAAAUCAAGCUUGCAUGUACCACUUGCUCUGGCAGCUCGUUCCACACUCUCACAACCCUCUGAAUGAAGAAGUUCCCUCUCAUGUUCUCCUUAAACUUUUCAACUUUCAUCCUUAACCCAUGACCUCUAGUUAAAUUAGUCUCACCCAGGCUCAGUGGAAAAAGUCUGUUUGCAUUUACCCUAUCUGUACCCCUCAUUAUUUUGUAAUCCUUUAUCAAAGCUCCUGUCAGUCAAUCUUCUACAUUUCAAGGAAUCCUGACCUAUUCAAUCUUUCCUUAUAACUCGGGUCCUUCAGUCCCAGCGACAUCAUUGUAAGUUUUCUUUGUAUUCUUUCAAUCCUAUUUACAUUUUUCCUGUAGGUUGGUAACCAAAUCAGACCUCACCAAUGUCUUAAGUCUCCUGUACGCAGUACUUUGAUUUAUGAAGGCCAAUGUGCCAAAAGCUUUCUUUAUGAAAUUAUCUACCUAUGACACUUUCUCAGUUAAUUAUGGACCAGUAUUCCUAGAUCCACUCCUCAGUGCCCGACCAUUCCCUGUGUAAGAACCUACCCUAGUUAGUCCAACACCUCACACUUUCUGUAUUCAAUCCCAUCUACCAUUUUUCAACCCAUUUUCCAGCUGAUCCACAUUCCUUGCCUGGAGAAGGAGGAGAAAGUUAGGAGACGACAGAAAAGCAUGGAAGAAAGAAAAGGGGGGAGGAGCACCGGAGAGAGGCGAUGGGGGAGGAUCACCGGAGAGAGGCGAUGGGGGAGGAUCACCAGAGCGAGGCGAUGGGGGAGGAUCACCAGAGCGAGGCGAUGGGGGAGGAUCACCAGGGAGAGGCGAUGGGGGAGGAUCACCAGAGCGAGGCAAUGGGGGAGGAUCACCAGAGCGUGGCGAUGGGGGAGGA